AUGUCUAUUCCAUUAAAAGAAAAACUAAUCUCAAUUGCCACUACAGGUUACUAUGCUCAAUUAGAUCCUAAACAGAUUGAAGAAACCUACCAUGAACUUAAAACUUAUUUGAAAUUCUCAACUGGUUUAACCAACAUGGAAUAUUUCCAAUUAUUAGAUCUAUUAUUAAUACUAUGUUUAUACAAAGGAAGAGACACUGAGGCUGAAUUCUUGUAUAAAGCUCUGUGCGACAAAUUUGGCGAAGAUUCCCCAUUUUUGCAUUAUUACAGAUCCCUAUUACAUGAAAUCGGUAACAUUAACAAUCCUGAUGUUGAAGAUACCACGCCCGUUGAAAAAGAUAUUGAAAAUUUAAUUAGUACCCACCUAGAAGUUGAGACUGACAACGUUGAUUAUUUACUUAUGAGUAAAAGGUAUUUGAUGUUGAAAAAAAGAGGUUGUUCCAUACAAACUUGGUUGAGACUAUGUUUUGGCCUCUUGGAGAAAUUUCCUAUGGAUGCUGAAUUAUGGUAUUCUUGUGCUUUAGAGUAUUUUAAACUCGAAUUAUAUGAUCAAGCCAUAUAUUGCUUUGAAGAAGUUGUAAUGUUAACUCCCUUCAAUUACGUUGCCUUAGGAUCUUUGGGUGAAGCGUUGUACUAUAAAUAUAAAUCCAACACCACUACUAUCACCAAUAAAAAUAAUAACAAUCUUGCUGAAACAAUAUAUGUUUUACAAGAGGCUUUGGAUAGGUUUUUAAAAAGUGUAGAGUUGAGUGAAAACUACAUGAAAAGUUGGUGCUUUAUUGCAAUAAUUUGUAAAGAAAUUUUAGACUUGAGUAACAAUGAUAAAAAAUAUUCUAAGAAAAGGGAAUUAUUGGAUUUAGCUAAGAGACAAUUACAAAAAACUGACAUAAUGAAUGAAUCAGAUAAAACUGCAUGUAAACUAGUAUUGUCCAACAUUUGA